GAACGAUAACUAAACGAAUAUAAGUAAUGAUAACAAAUAACUUGUCACAAACAGUGACAAACUGAAACACAAGUAUUCCAAUUUCCUAACCAGUCUAAUAAUAACCUGUUCCAUAUCUGCCGAGACAUUUUUGACGUGCUUCGCCGACCUCCGGUUUUGUCCCAACAGUUUCCCCUCUUCGAUAACAGUCUGUUGGGGCUUUUUGUUCAAAUGGGGGAAUGAUUUGGUGUCAGGGGAUGAUUUGGCUGACGAGGAGCCAUAAUCGCUGUGAGAUGCUCGGUCGACGGUGGCGUCGGUUGGCGAAACGCAGGUGCGCGCUUGUGCUUCUUCUCCGAUUCCCUGAUCAUCAGCAUCCUCCGCAGACGGCAACACAGUCGUCGAAUCGGACAUGGCGUCCAUAACGUUCGGAGUUGAUUUAAGGUUAACAAACCAAUGAUAGUGUCACUUUUGAACGAGCAGAAACAACCAAGAAAUUCUGGAUGAAAUUUCUUAUCGUAAAAUUCGGUAAAUAAUAAAUUUCAGCUCUGCAGUCUGCACACUGCACUGCACAGUGCACACGCAUGGAUCAUGGUCCAUCAGCCGAGCCCAUGCCACUCCAUGGCAGAUGAUUCAAUUUCAUGCUAACGGAAUGAUCACCAGCACCGCCCCGGUGUGGCAGUCUGAUACGGCCUUUGUUCCGUCGGUUCUUGAAAUGAUUCAAACGAACCUCGAUGAAUUUCGAUACAACUUCUAACUUGUUUCAUCUUCACGAGUUCACGUCUUGUCUUGUGAGUUGUGGCUUCCUUUAGUCGUAUUACUCGUAUGUGUCGAUGUAUUCUGCGCACUAAUGUCCGACAUACGCACAACUGUGUCCACAUCAAGAUGCGAGGAAGAGAAUGAUAAGGGAGCAGAAGCCCGACAAGCAAUGUCGUAGAGCACUGGCUCGACGGCUGCAGCGACAACCGAUCACUCGUCAACAGCGUCAAGAGCUUGACAACGGACCAGUUUGAGUUAUCCCCAGACAAUGCCUGUCCGGAUGAAAAACCCCAAGGGGAUGUUUCUGUCAAAUUGCCGUCAAAACUAUACGGUUGACUGGCGGAAAGUAUGGUUAAGAGGACGGCGGACGAGGUGAUGUUCGUGCUGGAUCCCUUACCGUGCCCCUUCGCCGAGCAUGAGACGGCCUGCAAAGCGUUCCGCACUCAUGAGGCGCGUUUGCUGCAGGCGCACCUGCACCCAGCACGGCCUGCGCACCGUCAUCCUGAAUUUCCGUGUCCCUGUCCGGGCAAGUUCAACGGCAAGAAGAGUUGCCCGGUGGUGCGCUUCGAUCCCGGCGACAUGUACAUGCGCCGGCACCUGCGGGAGGACCACCGGAAGUACUCUGAGGAGGUCUAUGCGGCGCUGGUGUCGGCCGAGAAGGGCGAGGAUCCGCAGGUCACCCAGAAACGUCAGAAUUUUAUGCGCCGUACUCGCCGCGUGUACUUCCCGGGGUGGACUAACAAGAAGGGGGAGCUCUUCCCCAGCCAGAUCAUUCCCGACCGGAUUGUUUUCCCGACGAAAGUCGACGAGCACAAGCAAAUCCGGUACAUCUGCAAGAUUGAUGCGUGCCGCAAAGAGAAAGCCCCGAAGGGACACACCUGCGCUCCCGGGAGCGUGCAGCAUCACCUGUGGACGCAGCACGAGUCCCGCUUCGAUCCGGGCACCAACUUCUACAUCCAGUGCCCGGCUACGGAGGUAUGCCAGGAAAUGGUGUACGCCGGUGAUCAUCAGCUGGAAUCGCACGUUAAGGCGCUGCACCCCGAGAUGCUGGGCUGGAGCGCGGACUACUCGGAGGCCGCCAAGAAGUAUCGGAAAGCGUUGGAGGACCAGAUCCCCACUGCCCGCAUCGGCGAGGCCCUCACCAACCACAGUCUGCCGCCGGACGAUGCCAGCCAACUGUUUCUGCACUUUUACAAGUGUCCUGUCGCGACAUGCGACACGGCGUUCCUGGGGGAGAAGCGUCAGCGGGACUACAUGGUCUGGCACGUGGGCGCCCAACACCGGGACGUCUGGAACGUGGCCGCGGACGAGCUGGAACAAGAGUAAUGCUUCGUGCUGGCUGGCUCAUCUGUGCUGGCGGAGAAACGACUUGAGCUGCUCACGCACCUGACCAAGCGCCUGCUGUGCCGAAUUUUGAUUCCUACGAGUCAUUUUAUCAUUUUUGUAGAUAUUUUCUGUAUUUACGGCUCUCUUACGCCAAUCUCGCGUUGUCCUGCUCGUCUAUGGACGGCUCGUGCAAGUCUUUUAUGUUUGCGGGUGUUUCUAGUUGUUUAUACCUGUUAUCGUACUAGUUAUAUAAAUACAGUGCAAGUACUAAUUGUC